AACAAAAGCAUCAUUAACUUCCCCAAACAGACAAAUUAAGAAUGAGGGAACCAACAACGAUGGUGGGCGUCGACGGUAAUGUUGCUGCUGCUGCUGGUGAUGAUGGAUCAGCUCUCCCUCCACCGUCGUCUUCACCGCCGCAAGCAUUAAUCGAGAGGCUCAAGGACUACGGCCAGGAACACGUUUUCGCCCUCUGGGACGAGCUUUCCCCUCAAGAACGACUCCAUUUUGUCGACGAUAUCCAGGGUUUGGAUCUUUCGAGGACAGAUCGGAUCAUUCGUUGCUCUCUUCGAUCUCAAGGACUGCCGGUGGCAGCAAUGGAGCCAGUUCCCAAGAGUUGCGUAUCCUCUGUAGAGGAGAGAGCGAUGGAGGAACGGGAAAGGUGGUGGAAGAUGGGAUUGAAGGCUAUAUCGGAAGGCAAAUUGGCUGUUUUGCUUCUUGGGACUCGGCUUGGAAGUUCAGAUCCCAAGGGAUGUUUCAACAUUGGACUUCCUUCUGGGAAGUCACUUUUUCAACUGCAAGCUAAGCGGAUUUUGUGUGUUCAAAAACUAGCCGCACAAGCCAAGAAUGAGGGUUCAGCAGGCUCAGUGACAAUACACUGGUACAUAAUGACUAGCCCAUUUACUGAUGAUGCAACUCCCAAGUUCUUUGAGAAUCAUAAAUACUUUGGUCUUGAAGCGGAUCAAGUUAUAUUUUUCCAGCAAGGCACCAAACCUUGUAUUUCAAAGGAUGGCAGAUAUAUCAUGGAGACUCCAUUUAAGUUAGCAAAGUCUCCAGAUGGGAAUGGAGGAGUAUAUUCAGCUCUGAAAUCUUCAAGAUUGUUAGAGGAUAUGGCCACGAGAGGGAUUAAAUAUGUAGAUUGCUAUGGUGUUGAUAAUGCAUUUGUUCGUGCAGCUGAUCCUAUUUUCUUGGGAUAUUUCAUCGAUAAAGGUGUAGCUGCUGCUGCUAAAGUUGUGCGAAAGGCCUAUCCCCAGGAAAAGGUUGGUGUUUUUGUAAGGCGUGGUAAAGGCGGGCCUCUUACUGUGGUUGAAUACGGUGAAUUAAAUUCGUCACUGGCUUCUGCAAUUAACCAGCAAACUGGACGCCUUCGUUUUUGCUGGAGUAAUGUAUGCUUACACAUGUUUACUUUGGACUUUCUCAGCCAAGUGGCAGUUGGCCUUGAGAAAGACAGCGUUUACCAUGUAGCCGAGAAGAAGAUCCCGUUUAUUAAUGGGUAUACAAUGGGGUUGAAACUAGAGCAGUUCGUCUUUGAUGCAUUUCCAUUGUUUGAGGUAUUACGAGAGGAAGAGUUUGCACCAGUGAAAAAUGCCAAUGGUUCAAAUUAUGACACUCCAGACAGUGCGAGGCUGCUUCUUCUGCAGCUACACUCACGUUGGGUAGCCACUGCCGGUGGCUUCUUGACGCAUUCAGUGCCAUUAUAUGCAGCUGGUGUGGAGGUAUCACUGCUUUGUUCUUACGCCGGAGAAAACUUGGAGUCCAUAUGCCGUGUAAGAACAUUUCACGCACCCUGCGAAAUUGCAUUUUAGUUUUUACUUUAUUAUGUAUUUGAUUGAGAAUAUAAGGUACAUUGCAUGGCAUGGAUAAGAGUGGAUUGAGAUGCAGGCAUAGGAAAUAAGGAUUUUUGCAAUAUCUUUCUAGCUUCAUUGUCUAAGACCGACCGUAUCGUCGGACAAAACUCUAAUCCCGUGACAUUUCGGGUCAUGCUGUUGUUUUCAUAUUUUUUUAUCUUGUCAUACGCCACAUUAAAACAUUUGUGAUUGUGUUUAUUAAUGAGAAAAGAAGUCCUACAACAUGAAGAUGA